AUGUCGACCUUCGCUCCCCCUGAGGCCCACCAGCAGUUCCAGCACAUCCUUCGUCUCCUUAACACCAACGUUAAGGGUGGUGGCAAGGUCAUGUUCGCCCUUACCGAGAUCAAGGGUGUUGGUCGUCGUUACUCGAACCUUGUCAUCAAGAAGGCCGACGUUGACCUCAACAAGCGUGCCGGCGAGCUGAACUCGGACGAGCUUGAGCGCAUUGUCACCAUCAUGCAGAACCCCGCCCAGUUCAAGAUCCCCGCCUGGUUCCUUAACCGUCAGCGUGACCUCGUCGACGGCAAGAACUCGCACAUCCUCUCCAACCAGAUCGACCAGAAGCUCCGUGACGACCUUGAGCGCCUCAAGAAGAUCCGCUCGCACCGUGGUCUCCGUCACCACUGGGGUCUCCGUGUCCGCGGCCAGCACACCAAGACCACCGGUCGUCGUGUUGGUGCCCGCACCAUCGCCACCAAGGGCAAGAAGUAA